GCAAAUUCUCACAGAAAAAAAGGGGGCAAAAAAUAAAUAACAGCCUCUUUGCAGAUAGAUGUCUUCGUAUACUUUUACACCUUCUCUAUGGAUAAAUGGAACACGAGUUCCUCCUGCUGAUUUUGAUUCUUAUGGAUUUGGAUGGCUCAAUAAUAGGAACCCAGCACCUGAAGAUGAAUUUUCUAAAGUUUUUAAGUCAGCUGCAGAGCUGAAUAAAUGGAUCGUUGUAGCCGGAGUAGCUUCUGCAGUUGUGAGUACUUUAGCGAUUGUUGCGAUAGUAUAUGCCAUCAUCAAUUGCUUGAACAGGGCGGGUAAUUAUGGAGGACCAGCAUACGCUCGCCUUGAAAUGGGUCAAAGAGACCCAAUUCCUUCACCAUCCACCUCCAAAUUAGUCUCAAAGGUAACCACCACCAAUGAAGCUUUCAAUGUAAUUCUGAAUUCACAAGUAGAAGCAGCCACUGUGGAGAGGUUUCUAAAUGAUAUGGCCAAGGAAAAACCCAUCAGAUUUUCACCCUCACAGUUGGCUGAUUAUACUAAAGAUUAUUCCACAAUAUUGGGUUCGGGUGGAUUCGGUGUAGUCUACAGAGGAGAACUCCCAAAUGGAGUUCCACUGGCCAUUAAAGUCCUCACCGGGAAUUUAAGCAAGAUAGUUGAAGAGCAGUUCAUGGCAGAAAUAAGCACAAUUGGAAGAACAUACCAUGUGAAUUUGGUCAGACUCUAUGGAUUUUGCUUCGAUCCGAUGAUGCAAGCACUUGUGUACGAGUACAUGGAGAAUGGAUCUCUUGACAGUUUCUUGUUUGGAGAGAACAGGAGGGCAAUGGAGUGGGAGAAGCUACAUCAGAUUGCAAUUGGGACAGCAAAAGGGAUUGCCUACUUGCAUGAGGAAUGUCAUCAGAGAAUAAUUCACUAUGAUAUAAAGGCAGGUAAUGUUCUUCUUGAUUCAAAACUAUGCCCUAAAGUUGCAGAUUUUGGAUUGGCUAAGCUUUGUAAUAGGGAUAGUACUCAUGUAACCAUAGUGGGUUUUAGAGGGACACCAGGGUAUGCUGCACCUGAGGUAUGGAGGGCACUCGCAGUGACCCAUAAAUGUGAUGUAUAUAGUUUUGGUAUGCUUUUAUUUGAGAUUGUGGGUAGGAGAAGAAACCUCAACCCUAAUGUAAGUGAGUCUAAUGUAAGUGAAUCUGAGGAAUGGCUCCCAAAAUGGACUUGGGAAAAGUAUGAGAAAGGGGAGCUAAUGGAACUAAUGGAACUUUUGGGGAUUGAAGAAGAAGAAGAUAAAAGAAAAGCAGAGAGAAUUUGUUUGGUAGCCUUUUGGUGUGUUCAGUACUCACCUGAGGCAAGACCUCUUAUGAGCAAUGUGGUGAAGAUGUUAGAGGGAGGAGUUGAAAUUGCUCCACUCCCAAAUAACCCAUUCCAGUAUUUGGUUUCUAUUCCUGUGGAUCCAGCCAUUCCAUCAACUGGAAGCAAUGGAAACUCGAAUUCUCCAUCAUCAAGUGAGCCAACAGAGAAAUCCUCUAUUACAUCCUAUCAUACCCCAAUUAAGAGGACGAUGGAGAUUGAGCUGGCUAAGUAG